AUGAUCUCAAAAUUGGGCGAUCAUCCUGUCGAUUCACUGGUUUACGGUGGAAAUUUUCUGUUGGCAGAGAACUUCUACGAGUCAAUAAGAAUCGCCAAGUUCGAAAAGAAGUGUUUGAAGAACGGAUCUAAAGAUAUGGCGGCAAAUAACACAUUUCCAAACUUCUGGAACACUUGGUCCCUUUAUUUGGAAAUCUGCGUUCUUAAAGAUCUUAAAAAUGGUACCGAAGAAGAAAAACGAACAGCUUUGAGAGUGGGCAAAAAAAUGUAUGAUGAAUUCAAAACAUGUUAUCGUGACUUUGAAGGAUGGUAUUCAACCGAAGAAACGAUUGAUAUGUUGACUGAGCUGCAUUCUUUACUUUCUGAGGAAUACCCAAACAUUGAGAAUAUCCAAUGA